AGGACUGACCCCGUGGUGGACGUGUGGUGCUAUAAGAGCGCCGUCUCAGAUUCCUCUCUCAGAUCCUUUCUUCUCUCCUCCACAAACAUGGACUCCUGGAAUUCAUGCCACGACUCCGCGCUGAUGUUCGACUCGUCGGUGAAGCUGGAGUCAGACGAGGACGAGCACGUCCGGGCCCCAGGGGGCCUGCACGAGGCCGGGAGCUGCCUGCAGUGGGCCUGUAAAGCCUGCAAGCGUAAAGCGAGCAGCGUGGACCGCCGGCGAGCCGCCACCAUGCGCGAGAGACGCAGGCUGAAGAAGGUGAACCACGCGUUCGAGGCUCUGCGCCGCUGCACGUCGGCCAACCCCAGCCAGAGACUUCCCAAAGUGGAGAUCCUGAGGAACGCCAUCAACUACAUCGAGAGCCUGCAGGAGCUGCUGAGGGAGCGGGUGGAGAACUACUACAGCCGGGAGAGCGGCUCCGAACCCGCCAGUCCGUCGUCCUCAUCCACCUGCUCCGACAGCACGUCUGAGUGCAGUCCCGUCUGGUCUCAGAUCAGUUUAAACACCGCAGCAGUGUACAGUUAUGAGGCUCAGAGCGUGAGCGGGAUGGACAGAUCUGCCGGAUCUACCAGUCUGCAGUGUUUGUCCAGCAUCGUGGACCGACUGUCCUCGAGGAACACGGACGCUCUGUCCCCGAGUCCCUGCGACUCGCAGUGCAGCACUCCGGAAAGUCCGAACACACUCGUCUACCACGUCCUGUAAGAGCGACAGAGACGCGCUGUGUGUGCACACACACACUCGGGGAGGAGCGUCAUGUAUAAAUUCCUGCUGGAGUAAUCUACAAUAUCAUUUCCAGCAUUUUCUUAAGACUUUAAACAGAGCACACUCACACACACACACACACACACACACACACACACACACACACACACACACACACACACACAUCCUGUGACAAAACGGUCAUAAAGAAAAUAUAUUUUCACAAUUAUAAUUUUGCAAUGUAUGAAAAUACACAUUGAGAUAUUAAAUUGAUAUAUUUUAAAUAUAUUGUUUAAUUAAUAUAUUGAACAUAUUUACAGAUAUUUAUAUUUAACACGGGGUAUAUGUGACAUGUUCAACUUUUUUACUUUAGCAUAUUUAGCAUUAAAUAUUGUGUAUAUAUAUAAAAUUGGUUGAACAUGACGUGUUAAAUGUUAAAUAUAAUUAUCUGUUAUAUAUAUAUAUAUAUAUUAAACAAAUAUAAAAUAUACAUUAAAUAAUAAAUCUAACCGAUACAUAUAUAUAUAUAUAUUAGUGUUAUACUUUAGUGGAUUUUUCACAAAUUAUGAAAAAAAAAAUUUUUGAAAUAAAUAUGAAUCUGGAACUCUAAAUGGUUCUCCGGUUUGUUUCCAGCGUUCACGGUUCUGCGUGGAACCCUACACCCGACACGCAGAACCCACGCUAGAACAUCCGCAGAGCUCUCGAGGAACCGCCUCUUCUUAACAAGAGUGCGAAGCCGAGCGUUUAAAAAACAAACAAACAAACAAAGAAAAAACGUGAAAUUAAUUUUAAAACACAUUUUCAUAUGCACAUACACUGCAAAAGAUAUUUGUAAAUACACUGUGUGUGUGUGUGUGUGUGUGUGUGUGUGUGUGUGUGUGUGUGUGUUGUUCAUUUUUAUUUCUUUUUUCUGUAUUAGAGGUAGCGUAAUUCCAGUAAAUGUAAACAUACGUAAAGACGUAAAAACUUGUUGAUUUUUUUUUUAAACUUUAUGCCUUUAUUUUGUCAAAUGUUUUGAAAACGUUAUUCACAGCCGUAACUAUUUCUGAUUCCUUCAUCACGGUAUAUCAUCACAGACUAAAUCCAGUUACACACACACACACACACACACACACACACACACACACACUUCUCACUGCAUAUCACACCCUGUCUUUUCCCUUUUUAUUAUGAUGAUUAUGAUUAUGAUUAUUAUUUUCUUCCGUCUCACACCGAAACCUUCUCUCGGUCUAAUAAAAGCGAGCGUAGGGACGAAUCCUCGGGUUCUGUGUUGUAAAUAAUUCUGUACAUGCUGUACUUUUGUAUUGUGAACGUUACACGCUUUACUGUAUUCGCGUGUUUCAUAUUUAAGUUCUUCACUCUCCUCGCUCCGUGUCCGGCUCCGUGUCCGGCUCCGUGUCCGGCUCCGUGUCCGGCUCCGU